AUGGAAGCAUCAGUGCUGAGCCCCACAUCCUGGGAGAAACGAAGGGCAUGGUUACAACAAAGUCGUAACUGGCAAACCCAGGUCCUGGAAGAGGAGGCUGCAGCUGCCUUGCAGGAUGCACUGGAUCCCGAGCCUUCCAGCCUGGAUGAUGUUUUCCAGGAAGGAAAUCCAAUCAAUAAGAUUGAGGACUGGCUACAGGGCUGUGGAGACACUGAGGAGGGACUCUCUGAAGAAACGGGGCAAUCCAACUGCAGUGGGUACUCUAGCCAUGGGACUAGCUUUGAAGAUGACUUGAGUCUUGGAGCGGAGGCCACACUACUGGCGACCAAUGGAAACCUCUUCUCCAGGAAAUUCCUCCAGACACCCAGGCCUUGUCAAUUACUUGAUCUUGGCUGUAGUUUGGCUUCCAGCAGCAUGACUGGUGGAACCAACAAAACCAGUUCAAGCAUCUCAGAGAUUUUGGACCAGGUACAAGAAGAUGCAGAAGACGUCCUCUUCAGUCUAGGCUUUGGCCAUGAGGGCCACAAAGAUACAUCUCGUAUCCCUGCAAGAUUUUUCACCAAUCCCUCUCAGGCCAAGGGCAUUGACUUUCAGCUCUUCCUGAAAUCUCAGAUGGAAAGGAUUGAGAUGGAGGAUCCCUGCCUGAUGCUGGCCAGCCGGUUUAAGCAGGUGCAAACACUGGCCGUCACCGCGGAUGCUUUCUUCUGUCUCUACUCCUAUGUAUCUAAGACACCCGUCCAAAAGUUCACACCACCCAACAUGUUCUGGCCUUGUGAUCCAACUGAUAUGCCAUCCAUCAGGAUUCUGGAUACAGAGCCUGAACCCCACUCACCCAGAGAACGUCUGCGGAAAGCAAUCUCUAAAAUGUGCCUGUAUACAGGUUCCCGGGAUCGGUUGUCAUCACAUCACAGCAACCCCAAAAGGAACAGCUUGGACCAAGUUGUGUGGGAAGUGAUGGACAGAGUGAAAGGAGAAAAGCUAGGUCUCCAGCAAGGCUCUGGGAACGGACAAGCUCCUCAGGAAGAGUCUGUGUCUCCAGUACAAAAUACAAGGCUGUCCACUUCUUCUAUUUCAUGUGUUUUCUGCCCUAAAGAGGAAACACGGGGAGACAAGUACUGUGUUCAUGCUCUGGACAGAAGAGGCCCACAAUGCGAUACAGACUCUAUACAAGUAAGAGAGCUGUGGGGUCUACAGGCCAUUAAUGAGAAGCCCUACUCAGCUGAGAAUGAGAGUUUAUGGGAAAGAAAAAGCAAAGUGAGAAAGAGCCUAUUUCAAAGUCCUCCCUCGGACAAGGAGAUUAAAUCACUGGACUUGUCCAUCAUGCAGAAGAAACAAAAGCAGAGCCAAGCCAGACAUGAGCUACACCAAUCUCUAACUCAGCAGCUUCGGAGUGCUUCUGACUUGGGUCAGGUUUCCUCCACCACCAACACAACAUGAUUUGACAACAGUGGCUUCACAGAAGAGCCAAACUACCACCUUAUCCUGCAGUUAAGUUUCACAAUCCUCAGCCUCCUACAUCAUGGGAGUAGCAGCAUGGAACAGUAGGAUGAAGACCGGACAGAGAGAAUUAGACAUACAACCUGAUGCUGGUGUAAUAGUAUGCAGAGAGAAAGACUUCCAGGUAACAUUAUUUCUCUAUGGACUGUGUUUUCUCCUUGGUGGAUGCUACUCACAUGAUAUGGAUAUGGGCAAGCUGAACAAAGACUUGCUUUUCUAAGCUUUGACACCGACAAAGAUAGAAGACAUAUGAAUGGUCAUCUUCAGGGCCAGAGGUUAUUCCUCAACACUGUUAA